AAGAUGAGUUACUUGAGAAUUGGUUCAAGGCAUCUGAGCUCCAAGAUGAUUUUGAUCAACAAAAAAUCAUAGAGUCACUCUUAGGAGCCGUAGCAUUAAAUAUCGAGGAACAAUAUUUGCUUGAAUUGUCUAAUGAAAGAUUGAAUGAAGAAAUAAUGUAUGAAAAAUUGGAUGAAAUAAGAGAUGAAAUAAUAGAUGAAGAGUUUAAUGAGAGAUUUGAAGAAUUGGACAAAACAUUUGAUAAUAUGAUGAAAGAGAUUUUAGAAAACAGAGUGAGGUUGAAUGAAAGGACAAAUGAAUGGUUGAACAAAAGAUUAAGUGAAAAGGAAAAUAAAAGAUUAACAAAUAAAAAUGAUUUACCUAAUGAAAGUGUGUUAGUUGAAUUAUUAGAGAAUGAAACAUUUAGUAAAAGUUUACUUAAAAAUAAUCAUGAAAGUUUACUUGAAAAUGAUUGUGAAAGUUUGCUGGAAAGUGAUUGUGAAAGUUUACUUGAAAGUGAACUUAAAAUUUGUCCAAGCAAAAGACACAAAACUUCAGUUUUAAUAGCUUUUACUUCAAACACAAAUAUUCAGCAUAUGAAGUUUAUCGAUGCAUUGCUACAAAGUCUCUUGAACAAUAUUGCAAUAAUAUGA